UCAAUCGUAAUCAGACUGUCCAGCAGAACAGUAUCAGUAUCACAGUUUCUUAUUAAUUUAUUAAUUAUUUAAAAUUAAAAUGAUUGUGGAUUUUUAUUUUGUAUUAUUAAAUGCGAUAAUCGCUAUCAAUGCACAAAGUUUUGAAUACAAUACAGAAGUAAAAAGCUGUGUCACAAAAAUUAAUACGGAAGGUGAAUGUGUGCCUUAUUAUCUGUGUCAGAAUGGAAAAAUUAUUACAGAUGGAAGUGGACUUUUUGAUACUCGUACGGUGGGAUGCACAGAUUAUUUUGAGGAAUGCUGUGAGCCAGACAAUCAACAUACCGUGGAGGAAAGUUUAACUGUGAAGAGGAAUGCAACUUAUGAGCCUGUUUGCGGAAAGAGAAAUAGCGAAGGACUUUUACUUGAAAGUUUGACUGAUUCUAUUCAAGGUGAAAGUCAAUAUGGAGAAUUUCCAUGGAUGGCAGCCUUACUCGAAAAACAAUCAAUUAGUGAAUCUUUUGAAAAAUCAUACAAAUGUGGUGGAAGCUUGAUCUCCAAAAAUGUAGUUCUGACAGCUGCCCACUGUGUAAAAGGCAAAAAUCCCGAGGAUAUUGUCGUACGAUUUGGUGAAUGGGAUUCAGAAAAGGAUUACGAAUUAUUCAAACAUGCUGAUCAUGAUGUUGACAAAAUUGUUAUGCAUGAAAAAUUCUACGCUCCUGCUGUUCACAAUGAUAUUGCACUUCUGUUCCUUACCACAGAUGUUAAAUUUGCAGAAACUAUUGACACAAUUUGCAUGCCAUCCCAAGAUCAACCAAUAGACUUGACAAGAUGUUUUGCAACGGGUUGGGGAAAGAAUAAAUUUGGUAAUGAUGAAGAUGAUAAAGAGCAUCCAAGUAUGCCGAAAAUUCUCAAGAAAAUUGAACUUCCAACUCUUCAUCAUGACGAGUGUCAAACAAAAAUGAGAAACACCCGCCUUGGUCGUAGAUUUAUAUUGCAUGAUAGCUUUAUGUGUGCUGGUGGAGAAGAGGGAAUUGAUACAUGCAAAGGAGAUGGUGGAAGUCCAUUAGUAUGUCCAGUUGCUGGUGAAGAGGAUAAAUAUUAUCAAGCUGGAAUUGUGGCUUGGGGUAUUGGUUGUGGAGGAAAGGAUGUUCCUGGUAUUUAUGUAAAUGUUGCUAAAUUUGCUGGUUGGAUUAAUGAACAAAUAGCUUUAAACGAUUUUGAUAGUAAUUAAUAAAAUUUACAAAACUUUCUUAGGGGCCAUUCACUUAUU